GCAGCGGCGGCGGCAGUGGGGCAGCCGCUACUCAGUCUUCGGCCCGACACCUGGUGAUAAACAUCGCUUAUCAGACGCCGCGCAGCACCGGCCUCGUAGUGAAAGUGACAGUGAUUUUAACGCAAGAUCGACGAGGUGUCUUUUCACGAGUGUUUAUAAAAUAACUAGUGCUCCUGAAAUGAAGUAAUCCGACGAGGAAUCACGGUUUUGUCCCAUGGUGGAAGCCGGAGUGUCGAGUUAACGGGCGAUGAAGGACCGAGGGGGUUGCGAUGAGGCAGUAUGCUGACACCUCGUCACAUCCUUCGUGUUCUCAGUAUCCUGGCUACUCUGUCCUUACUGACCAGCUCUAACUUUAGGGUAGUGUCCAGCGUGGUGGCGCUGGGGGCGCACGUCAUCUGUAGCCGAGUUCCCGGCCUGACGCCCCGCCAGAGGGACAUGUGUCGAGCCGCCCCUGACGCCAUGAUCGCUGUGGGCGAUGGUAUCCGACUGGCUACCCUCGAGUGUCAGCAGCAGUUCAAGACGCAUCGCUGGAACUGUUCGGCUAUCGGCAAAGGAAACUCCUUCGGGCACGUUGUAGUAGUCGGAAGUAAAGAGGCUGCGUUUACAUACGCAGUAAGCAGUGCGGGCGUAGCUUACGCUAUUGCAGCGGCUUGCUCUCGCGGCAACAUCUCCGCAUGUGGUUGCGACCCCAAGCACAAGACCCGGAAGGAACUGGCUCCUGCUGGCUGGAAGUGGGGCGGGUGCAGUGUAGACGCAGGCUAUGGCAUGCGGCUUGCGAGACGCUUCCUGGACGCCAGGGAGAUCGAGGCCGAUGCCCGCAGUCUCAUGAACCUCCACAACAACAAGGCUGGUCGAAAGGCAGUGAGGCAGAGUCUAGUAACUGAAUGCAAGUGUCAUGGAGUCUCUGGAAGCUGCAGCAUGAAGACUUGCUGGAAGACGUUACCCCCGUUUCGGGUGAUAGGUGACAAUCUCAUGCGCAAAUAUUGGAGGGCGCGCCCCGUGGUGGCGAUGCCGUCCCCCAAAGGACUGGCACUCUCUGUCCGCCGUGGCAGAGCUGCCCAGGGAGUCACGACGCCAAAGAAAUCCGAUCUGGUGUUCCUGGAGCCGUCACCCAACUACUGUGAGAAAGAUCUGUCAGCAGGCUCACUCGGUACUGUGGGUCGUCUCUGCAAUCGCACGUCUAAAGGGACCGAUGGGUGUGACCUGAUGUGCUGCGGGAGAGGGUAUAACACCCACCAGUUCACCAAAGUGAGCCAGUGCCACUGCAAAUUCCACUGGUGCUGCUACGUGAAAUGCGACACCUGCAGUGAACGAACUGAGCAGUAUUCCUGUAAAUAGACGUUACUAAAGUCACAACCAUUUACAUGGAUGGCCUACAACCCUGUACCAAUAAUAGUGCAGAGAGGAGAUAUAAAAGGAACUAAAAACUUUGAUUAACGGUUCAAAAUAAUGUUGAGUGUCAUUAGUUAUUGCUUUCAGGAUGCAAAUGCAUCAAGGAGUGAUACAAAUAUAAAUUUGCCCCUGUUACCCAGCCCUGGAACGUGGAUAAAUGCAUGGUUUGGUUGUUCCAAAACAGUUCACACCAGAUCCAAAAGAUAUAAUGCAGUGAUAGACUUAAAAUUGUAAUCUUGUUGUUAAGAAAGCGUUUUGAGGAGGUUUAGAUCACUUUUAAUAGAUAAAUUAUUUUAGUAAUUCCAUAUUUACAUAUAAAAAAAUAUUAAGAUUCGUGGCAUAAAACACAUUGUAUGUUUGAAUAUAAAAUACGUUUAUAAAUGCAUUUUAUGUAUGCUUUUGUAAAUAUUCACUCCUAAAAAUCAUUUAAUCAAGCUCCUCAAUUCAUUAGCAAAUAAUUGUCACUAAGAUAAUUAGAAAGAUAUAAAUAUAAAUUACUCCUUCACCGAUGUAGAAUUAUAACAUUUAGUUGUGAAGCUACAUCAAAAUAAAAUUAUAGUUCUCACAACGUAAAUAUAUGUGAUGAUUGAAUUUAACAAUAACGAGGACUUAGCUGAGUGAAGUAAUCACAUUUAGUUGUGAAACUACUUCACAACGUAAAUAUACGUGAUGAUUGAAUUUAACAUUAACGAGAGCUUAGCUGAGUGAAGUAAUCAACUAACAAGACUGUAAAUAACACUAGUUAUCUAGUUUUAAUAAAGUAUUUGUAAAUUAAAAACUUGUAAGAAAUCUGCUUGUAAUGCACAAUAAUGUUGUAUAACUCUGUACAUUCCAUUAAGUUAUUCAUCUUAUUUAAUAACGAAACCAAAACCUGUAAUUACACAAUGUAAUUAGCUGUUGCAACAGAACCAGUUAAGUUAUGCCCAUAUGAAACUGUUUAUUUAUUUGAAUAAACUAGGUUAUAAAUCAAA